CCACGCGUGCAGACCCCAACACACAACCAGAAAGGAGAAUAAAAGAGAAAGAAAAAGCAGACUCCAAACUUCCGCAUCUACAUUCACUCCGUUCCCAAAAUGAGCACCCAUGUACCAGUGCGGCAGCGGGCUCGUCGUAAACAAGACGUCAUGACGACUUCGGUCUUCAUUGUUCUGCUGUUGCUGAUAAAUCAGGUUCUGAUAGGACACGCAGGUACAGACACUGACGAGAGUGAUGUCGAUUCCCGCACGUUGCAGAAGCUCAAGAAGAAGAAGCUGAGGAAACUCUGCAACCUGCUUGGAAUGGGACGUACGGACCAGGACCCUGAAGUGCGAACCCUUCUGUUUCUUCAAGUGCAGCAGAUACAGGGCUCGCCCUACCCAGUUUCGUCAGACUACACGUCAUCAGAUGCCCUCGGCUGUCACAGUCUUCUUGGGAGUGGGGGUGAUGGCGGUGGGCUUAUAGGGAGCCACUUUGGAGGGGGAGGUUUACUGGGAUCUCUCCUGGGCGGAGGAACAGGAGGAUUACUGGGAAAUCCUCAGACGUACCCCAACCCAGAUACAUUGGCAGACCUUGCAGUACGUCCUGAGAGGUACCUGAGACCACUGUAUAGGACUUUAAGGCCAUUAUUCCGUUUUUUUUAAGUAAUGAUUCUGAUUGGAUAUUCUCCUGAAGACAGUUUAAUCCAUCUCACAGCCAAACCUUGUGUUGCAGACUGUGCAAGAAUUGUCAGCCUGGUAUCUUUCUCUCUGUGGGUAUUGUAACCCCAGUCUUUUUAGUAUCAAGACUAGAUAGUGCUAUCAGACUGUUUUAUACCAGGAAUAGGAAGGAAUGCAGUUAUAUUUCCAAAUGUUAUCUUUGUGAUUCUGCUGACCUUUUCAGACCUCCUAUUAGUUCAUUGCAGAUAACAAUCGAUUGUUGCAAAGUUCAUCAUACCAAGGAUCACACUUUACAUUACAUAGUUAACCAUUCAACCGAUUAAACUUCACAUUGCAUAGCUGAUCAUACCACAGGUAUCACAUUUCACAGCUGAUCAGAACACACAGUUAAACUACAUAUUUCUCUUUGAACUUCAUUAAACAUUCACCAUAAAAAUAAUAUUUAAAUUACUGCAGAUGUUAGUGAUAUCUAUAUAUUAUUUCAUUCUCUAGUAAAAAGAGCCAUUUUUGGGAAACUUUAUGUUUGGGUGGCACAUAGAGACAGUAUAUUAACCAAUAUGGCGGAACUGAAAUUAACUUCCUCAAGAAAAUCUUAAGUGUUGACUUCAGAGGAAUAAAUAUUACAGAAGCCUGCAAAAUAUAUGGAGGUUAAGCAGACAGGACCUUUCAAUAUGGGUUUAUUUAUGCAAAGUGUGAAAAUUUAACAAGAUUUACAGGAGCUACUUCUGUGACCAGGAUAUGAAACAGGAAGUGUUAAAUUUAAAUAAUUUGCAUGGUUGCUCUCAGGAGUAAGUUAGGGCUGGUUUGCACCCAUUUAGAUGAACCAGUACCCAGAAAUUCAAAUUAAGUUUAAAAUUUUACUGGAAGCAAGUUUGACCUAAUAAAUAGUUACACACAAACAUACAUAUACAGUGAAGAAUUUUAUAAAUCCCUCUUCAAUUCUGGAGAGUGGACUAAUGAAAAAUUUGCACCUGACAAUGGAACAUGAGAAAAUGUAAUUACAAUUCUUACAAUGCACUCCUGGUUUACACUACCUCUUUAACAUAUGUGUACAUAUAAAUUAUGUAAAGAAGGUUGUUUGUUUCUUGAUUUGUUUACCAAUGUUAUGCCAAAUUGUGUAAGUUAUAAAGUAACAGGAAAGAAAUGCACAUUUUCCCCUAAUUCACUAUGUUCAUUAUUUAAGGAACAAAGAUUGUUAUAUAUUACAAACCUUAUUUCACAAUAAAUACUACAAAAAACAUAUACUUUUAAUAAGGAAACAUAUGUAAGAAAUGUUUGUUUCUGUAAAGUAUACUGAAGAGAAAACAUCUCUCAUCUGAUGCUGGGUAACUCUGAUUACUGAGUGUAAUUAAUGCUUUCCAUGCUCAAUUUAAAAAAUGACAAUUAUUACGUCUAUACUUCCAUUAUCGAUAUAACACAAGUAAUAUACUUUAGUUUAG